UUGUGAUGAUUCGGAAUGUGUGCUUCACAUGUUGUUGAAUGAACGAAUAUGUAAUGGCAAGGGCACUGGGAAUAGUUUGUGUUUUUGCCAAAGGCGUGAAAGAAAUGGCAUAGAAAAUAACACUAAUAGAAGAGCUGGUCUGUUUGCCAAGGAUGAGCAAGUACAUACUCCCUGUGUCAGUAUUUGGCACGGCGUUUGGUUCCGCAGUCCUCCUGAAGAACUACAUUAGUGGAGGAACAUGCCCAUCCAAAGUGAAGAUACCUGGAAAAACGGUUAUCAUCACAGGUGCCAACACAGGCAUUGGGAAAGAAACAGCUCGUGAGCUGGCAAGAAGAGGUGGUAGAAUUAUUAUGGGGUGUCGAGACAUGGAGAAGUGUGAAGCAGCUGCUCGAGAGAUCAGAGGAAAGACAUUGAACAAACACGUUUAUGCCAAACACAUAGACCUUUCAUCCAUCAAAUCAAUAAAAGCCUUUGUCCAAAUGGUCCAAGCAGAGGAGGAUCGUGUGGAUGUGUUAGUAAACAAUGCAGGCGUAAUGCGCUGUCCACCAGGCAAAACAGAAGAUGGAUUUGACAUGCAGUUUGGUGUCAAUUAUCUUGGUCACUUCCUGUUGACUUACUUGCUGCUGGAUAAGUUGAAAGGUUCGGCCCCAAGCAGGAUUAUCAACAUGUCCUCUGUGUCUCAUGUUGGAGGAGAAGUGGACUUUGAUGACCUCAACUGGGACCGCAAAACAUUUGACACAAGAAAAGCUUACAGCCAGAGCAAGCUUGCCAUCGUUCUCUUCACACGAGAGCUUGCAAAGAGACUAGAGGGUACAGGCGUUACUGUCAAUGCCCUUCAUCCAGGUGUGGUGGCAACAGACCUGGGAAGGCACACUGGUCUCCACCAAUCACAACUCUCCAGCACAGUGCUCUCGCCAUUUUUCUUCCUGUUUGUGAAGUCACCCACACUCGGGGCCCAGUCCAGUGUCUACCUCACUGUCGCCAAGGAGCUGGAGGGCAUCUCUGGCCGUUACUAUGAUGUGAUGACUGAGAAGGAUCCAGCCCCACAAGCCCUUGACGACAAAGCAUCUGAAAGACUGUGGCAUGCCAGCGUUGCCCUGCUUGGACUCAACAGCAAGACUGUUUCACAUGCACAUCCUGCACCUCAGAGUGUUGUGAAGACGGAGGACCUAGUAUCGACAACAACCUGUGAACCAAUCACGUCUCCAUCUUAAUGUUUCUUACAACUUUUAGAAUUAGAAUUCUAAAAGAAUUACAAUUUGGUGAUUCUCUAGUUUUAUUGUUGAAGGCUAACUUGAAUUUGCACCACUCGUCACAGUAUAAUAAAUAUUGAACGUUUUAUAACUUCUGCUUCAUUUAACUUUGGGUUAAAGUCCUUUGUUGAAAAGCAAAUGUACAUGUCCACAAUUCCUGUUGAAUGUACUUAUUCUGAUUUAUUUUAAAUACACUGGGCCCUGGUAAACAUGCACAAUAAGUUGCACGCCUUUAAAAUACUCCCAAUGUUCACCUAAUACAACGUGGCUCUGAUAUUGGGACAUUUACCUUCAUAAUUUAAUACUUCAACAUAAAGUUAAAAGGCUGUUGUUUCAAAGAUGUAUCCCAAUAAUCCAUAUUGGUGUUUAAAGGUGCACAUUUUUUGUUGUUUAUUUCCAGAAUGCAUGUUACCCAUUCACCAAGGUUACCUUUUUAUGAAUAUUUACCACCACCAUCAAAUUCUAGGUAUUAAUUAUGACUGGUAAAAUUGCACUUUUCAUAAAUGAAAAAGGGGAUCAUCUUCUCCAUGGUCCGCCAUUUUUAAUUUCCAGAAAUAGAUAUUUUUUGCUGCAAAAAUGACUGUACUUCGGCCAUACUAGUAAAUAUUAGUUUAUUUUGUAAAUAUUCAUGAAAAGAUCAUAUUGGGCAAUAGGCUGCACAGUUUCAGUGGGCAGCCGCAGCAUAGUUGCAGUAGGCUACCUACUCUGGCCACAUCCUACAUAGUGCACCUCUAAAAUACACCAUGGGACCCAGAACGAUUGUAAUCACCAUUCAUCAUUACCUGAUGGAAGACAUUGAGAAAAGGAGAAUAUGUGAAUACUGAGGAUGAAGUAUUUUAUUGAGCAGCUUGCCAAGCAGAGAGCGUUUUCAUCCAUUUCUGUUGCCUUCCCAACACAGUGAGCAGCAUAGCACCACAACGCACAAGUUCACCCUUGUUGAAUUUAUGGGCCUCACCAAAGCAAUGUAGUGGUUAUUAAUGGCAUUGUGCUAAACAAGUCAAUGUUUGUUUGUGGGGAUAACUGAGUGCACUGAAAAUACCAUGUGUUAAAAUACUACUGUAAGGGAGUGUAGUCUUGGGACAUCCUUGAAGCAGAA